AUGACCGUUGUUGACUGGAUGUUGGACUGGUGGCUGGCCAGCAUUGAAGUUCAAGUGGACCUGCGGACUUUUGUUGAUGAUUGGGGGGUCUUGUUCCGUGAGCAAAAUGCCUUUGGCAGGGUCUGGGCGGCAAUGGAAGACUUCACAGGCCAAAAGGACUUGGCCAUUGACAUGACAAAGACCCGUCUUUGGUCUACCGAUGCUGAAGCACGGAAGGCCUUUCGACAGAGCCAGGUUUGUGUUACCCUGGCAGCUCGCAACCUGGGGGCCCAUCAGAAUUUCAGCCGACACUCACAACGCAGAGCUCCAGAAGCGCUUGACGCGUAUGCCUCAGGUGUGGGCUUCCAAACCCUGCGGGACGUUCGUGAGCUUGGGUGCCCUGAUCAAGUUGAGUCGAUGUUGGGUCUUUUUGCUACCAGUUCUGACAAGUUGCCUUCCAAUGGGCCAACGGCCAUUCUUGUGACCCGUCUUCAGCGGAUUGGUUGGGCCAUUGGGGGUCAGGGUCUAGUCCAAGAUCGCCUGGGCACCAUCAGUCUCUUGGGGAUUGCUUGGGAUGAGUUGGUUCUUCGUUUCAAACUGUCCUGGGGUCAUGUUUUGGCUCAUGAACUGGCUUAUCGCUCUACCUUUUCUGGAUUGGACGGUGUGGACUUGCCUGAGCUCCAUCUCACUUUGAAGAAAUUCAGCCCGGCUGACCAGAUCUAUCUCCGUUGUCAUCUUCAUGGCACGCUGUUCACACCGAAUGGCAAAGCCAAGUUUAUAGGGCCUGGGUUUGUCCCUACUUCUCUUCGUGCCGUGCUCACCUUUGCCCUGAACAGCUUGCAGCUCUUCCUUUUCUGCCAGCGUGCUUGGUCGAUCAUGGGUGGCCGGUGGUGUUGCCUGAGUGGGAGGUGUUGGCAGGAAGCAAAGUUGAGGUUUGCGGCUUGGGCCAUUACAGCUGUGCCUGGUGGAGCUGGGACUUUUGACACCCAGUUACUCAUGGGCGGCCACGUCAGCGGCCUUUGCCAGUCGCCUUACAGGGAAGUUAACAGCAGUGAUGCAUGCGGUGAUUUGGUCAACCAAACAUGGUCGCCCUGUCAGGCUCCUUGGUGUGACUGCCAAGGAGUUGUACGGGGUCUUGGGAGAUUGCUGCAGGGACGUCCCCUUCGGCGAAAUGCUCCUCACUCAGAUUUGUGGAAACGGGUGCAGUUGGCAGUGGUUGACAAUGAGGCACUCAUUUCUAUACAGAAAGUAGUUUCCCAUGGGUCUAUGAAGUGUGCCACGAACCCCUUGGAGGAUUGGGUUUAUUGGCAUAACAAUUUGGCCGAUCAAGCAGCAGCAAGCAUUAACCUGCGGAGACCGAAUGAAUUUUGGGUGGCUUGGGGUGCCAAGCAGCAUGCACUCAAUUUUCACCGGAAGUUGCAUGCUGCCAUACAAUUGGUGCUCCUUGAGACAUCCCGAAUUGCGGUGCAAGCACAGCAGUUGCCCAAACCGGAGCCUGUUGUCGAUCUGCAGCCGGACCCAGUGCUUCAGGUGCCUGCAGCAUGGAGCAUACCGUCCAAGCUGGUGAAGAGGCAAGCCAAUUCGACCAGUGACUUGGAUGCUAUCCGAGCCGCAAAGACCGGCUGCCCUGGCAUUUUUGCUGCUUCCAAGCGCAUUGAGUGGGAUCCUUUGGAUGGGAACAGAAACUCCUUUGACAAAGGUACAUCCCAGCUGUACAGCUCAGGCACUGUGCCCAGCUGUGCCAUUGCUGGACAGGGGUAUGAUGAUCCUGUGGUCACCACUGCAAAUGGCGGCUUAGGUGUUACGGAUGCAUCCGCCUGCCAGGCUUUAUGUGCGGCUCGGCAUUUGUGCUCAGUGUUCACGUAUUACUCCGCGGAUGGAGGUUGCUGGUUGCAGGGCAGUGGGCUGAAACCAAAGCCAAUGCCUGGAGCAAUAGCGGGCCCCAGGUCGUGCGAGGAAUUUUCAGAGGCUUCUGACAAAGCCUCCUGGGCUGAAGAAGCUGUUGCGGCCGAGAACGCGGCCGCUGAAGCCAGCGCCGGGACCGUGGGAAGCGCCGUGGUUGCAGAUGUCUCCACCUUGGCCCCUACGGUCCCGGAAGCACUCACAACGCCCAUGCCAUCACGCUUCAUCAAGGCAGGGGAGGCCCUGUACUAUGCAGAGGGUAUGCAUCCACGGAGGGUGCAUUUGGUGCGUUUCUUAUCUUGUGGCGGCUGCGAGAGCGCUUGCGACCAUUAUAUCCAUGCUCCUUGGUCACCUUGGUCGGACUCGGACUCGUUUUGGGUCGGAAGGGUAAGGUGA